GAUCGAUUCGGGACUUGAUGAGAAAAACCCUUCGUCCUCCACGAUUGUUUCAUUGAUUGUCCAAUCUCAUACCGAACAUCAUCAUCAUGUCGCCUUCCAUCGCCCCCAAGCCCAGAGUCUUCAGCCUCGAACCCCUGCAUUCGGAAGCUCUCGCAUUGGCCAGGGAGAGGUUCGAUCUCGUACUUCCCGGCGAACAUGGGUUCGAAAGGUGGAGGCAAGAGGCCGAGGGGUUGAUGGCCAGGAACGCGGUGGUCACUAGGGAAGACGUCGAGGUCUUGGCGAAAUCUCGCUUGAGAUAUAUCAGCAAGCAAGGCGUGGGAGUGGACAACUUUGAUCUCGAUGCGCUCAAGGCAGCUGGGAUACCGUUGAUGAACACCCCCGGGGUCAACGCCCGUGCCGUCGCCGAGCUCGCACUCGGUCUGAUCCUAGAUGUCGCCCGACAGUGCACCGCGAUCGAUCGCAAGAUCCGAGCCGGGGUCGCAGUCACCAAAAAGGACGGUUGGGCUGGACAGACGCUCGAAGGAAAGACGAUGGGUAUCGUAGGAGGUGGGAACAUUGGGUUCUUGGUAGCCAAGAUGUUCCACGCCGCUUUUGAUGCCCCGAUCAUCCUCUACGAUCCGUUCAUCGACGACGAGGCGCUCCGAAAGUGGCAAGGAGCGAUCCGCGGUGACGGCGCUUUCCGUCUUGUCGACGCACUCGAUAGGCUCUUGGAACAAGCCGACAUCAUCAGCCUGCACGUCCCAUUGACCAAGAGCACCGAGAACCUGAUUGCGGACCGGGAGAUCCGGUUGAUGAAGCGCUCGGCGAUACUCGUGAACACCGCCAGGGGCGGGAUCAUCCACGAGGGAGAUCUGGCCAUUGCGCUCGCAGAGAAUCGUAUCUUUGGUGCCGGUCUGGACGCCUUUGUCAACGAGCCGCCUUCACUCGAGGCAUACCCCGAGUUGUGCAGAGAAGAUAGGGUCGUCAUGACGCCUCACAUUGGCGCUGCCACUGAAGCGGCGCAACAAGACACUUGCCGAUCCAUGGUGGAGCACCUCGUCGAGGCAUUCGAGGGUAAAACCUUGCGCGACCGAGUGUGCUGAAGAGCGCUAGAGGGAUCUUAAGCCCGAUCAUCGUAGAAUCACAUGU